ACCUGUAAAUUAUAUUAUUGAGGUGUUAAUGGUGCACUGUAUUAAAAGGAGUUCCUUGUAUUGAUGUGAAAAAUGAAGGAGUAUCUGGAUUUUAAAAGAGAAACCAACCCAAGAGCAAACGCAAAUUUUCUUAGUGUUAUUACAUUUUUUUUUACUCGUCAAAUUUUUAAAAAAGGAGUGGUACGAGGAAUUUAUGAACGCGAUAUUUAUGAAGUAUUGGACGGUUAUAAAUCAGGAAACCUUGGAGAACGAAUGGAAGAAGAAUGGAAGAAGGCGAAGGAGAAGAAACUGCCCAUAAUUGUGUGCCUAUUUAAAAUGUUCGGCCUAGAGUACAUGGCAUACGGAAUUAUCGUCUUCCUGGUAAAAACUGUUCUCAUGGUUGUAAAGCCAUUAUCAGUUGGAAAAAUGAUUUCUUAUUUCGACCCUAACAAAGCAGAAAAAAUGGAAAGGGAAGAGGCUCUGUUUUAUGCAUUUAUAUUUUUAUUCAGUACAUUUUGUUGGACUUUAUUCAUGCAUAAUCAAAUGUUUUAUAUUCAUCAAUUUGUUUUGAAAAUUAAAAUUGCGUUAAGUGGAUUAAUAUAUAGAAAAUCGUUAAGAUUAAGCACUGCUUCAACUUUAAAGUUUACUAGCGGCCAUGCGAUUACAUUAAUAACAAAGGACGUUCAAUGUUUCAAUGCUGCCCCGCAAUAUGCUCACGAUUUGUGGAUUGGUGUAAUACACGUUGGAGUAAUGACUUAUAUAAUUUAUCUUCAAAUUGGCGUUUCCGCCUUUGCUGGAGUUGGUUUUUUGGUUCUCCUUAUUCCAGUACAAGCUCUCUUGGGAAAAGUAGCAGCGAAAUUGCGAAUAAAAACAGCUACUAUGACUGAUAAACGAUUAAAAUUAACUCAAGAAGUACUAAAUGCUAUAAAAGUAGUGAAAGUGUAUACACUGGAAAACUCAUUUAUGAAAAGUUUAGAACAAAUUCGCAGGAAGGAAGUAAUCAAAUUAAAACACGUUUUCUACAUUAGAUUCGUUGCGUUGACGAUAGGAAAUCUUUGUGCAAAAAUAUCAUUAUGUCUCUGUAUCGUAUUCUAUACAGCAUUGGGUAAGCAUAUAAACGCCGAACAAGCUUUCGUAGUAUGGACUUCAUUUGGAACGUUAAGAGCCGUUUUAACCAUUCAUCUUCCUAUGGGAUUUAAUCUUAUUGCUGAUAUGAUGGCGGCAGUAAAAAGAAUAACGAAAUUUAUGCACGCCGAAGAAGUUAACGAUUUAAAAACUUGUUCAGAGAAAAAGGAGCCGCUUGUCAACUUGGAAAAGGUAUCGGUUGAUGCAGGAUUUGAAAAGACAGUUCUAAAGGAUGUCACUUUGAAAUUUAAAUCGGGUUUAAAUGUGGUAACAGGCUCUGUCGGAUCUGGAAAAUCUUUUCUAUUAAAAUUGUUACUGAAUGAAAUUUCGGCCAAAACGGGUGUUGUUGACGUUGUUGGUGAAGUGUCUUACGCUUCUCAAGAACCGUGGCUUUUCCCCGAAACAGUAAAACAAAACAUAAUUUUUUAUAAACCAUACGAUGCAGAUCGGUACCAAGAAGUUGUAAGGGUAUGUGCAUUAAGAAAAGAUAUUUCUAUGCUCCCCGAGAGAGAUUCCACAUUCCUGAUUGAUAAAGGUUUAAAUCUCAGUAAAGGUCAGCAAGCUCGAGUGAACUUAGCGAGAGCAGUGUACCAUGAUGCAGACAUUUAUUUGUUCGAUGACUCAUUAUCAGCAGUAGAUGCUCACGUGAGUGGUUACAUUUUUGACGAAUGCAUCAGAAAGUUUCUCAAAGAUAAAAUAUGCGUUUUCGUUACUCAAAAUCACAGUUUUUUAAAAUUUGCCCAGCAAGUGAUAGUACUGGAUGACGGAAGAGUCGAGUACGCCGGAUCUUUCGAUGAAAUGCCAAAAAUUAAUUUAACAAUAAGCGACAGUGUAGACGAUAAAAUUGACGAAAAUACCAUAAACGAUUCAAACAAAACCAUUGAAUCGAAAAAGCAGGAAAUUAAAGAAAAGGAUGACGCGUACGAAGAUAACGCCCUGUUAAAAGUUUUUAAUAGUACCGAAAAAAUUCCUAACCCAUCAACGAAACUCUACCAUGAACUACAAGCAGAAGGGAAAGUACCGUGGGAGACAUACAAAAAAUAUUUCUUGUUCGGUGGUGGAAUACCGACAUUCAUCGUCUUAUUUAUAAUAUAUUCGUCUGCACAAAUAACUAUGAGUUGGUCGGACACGUUUAUUAGGGGAUGGGUUGAUAUAGAACCAAAAUUAGCAAAAUUAGAGGCAAAUAAUCUCACCAAUACGACAGAAUUUGAAGAAUUAUCCCAUAAACAUACUUACAUGUUAAACGAAUAUAUUAUUCUCGUUUUGGCCGCAGUUACGACGAAUUUGGUGAAACUUUUUAUUUAUUUCGCUUACAAUGCAAAUAUUGGUCGCAAUUUACAUAACACAAUCAUGUCGAAACUGUUAGCAGCACCGAUGCUUUUCUUUGAUAUACAUCUCUCCGGAAGUAUACUGAAUAAAUUUUCAAGAGAUCUAUCUAUUGUGGACGAAAUGAUUCCGUUUCACCUUCUACAGUGUAUUAGGGUUGCUCUUAAUCUUGUUGGUGCAGCAGCAGUUAUUUCAACUAUAAACUGGAGACUACUAUUACCUUCGAUAGUUUUGUUUGUUUUUCUAUAUUUGAUGAGAAUAUUAUAUCUAAAAGCUGGAAGAGGCGUACAGAGAUUAGAAGGAGCAACACGAAAUCCAGUUGUUGGUCAUAUGAACGCUUCAAUAGAAGGUCUUCUAACAAUACGAUCCAACAAAGCUCAAAACUUUAUGAAGAAUGUAUUCGACGAACGACAGGAUAUUUACAAUUCGGCGACGUAUAUGGGUCUUGCAACUUCAAGGGCCUUAGGUUUAUUUGCAGAUAUAACGACAUUUAUGUUUUUGGUUAUGAUUAUCUGCUACUUUUUCUUUAUUGCAAGGGGAGAGUUUGCUGGAAAUGUGGGUUUAGCAAUUACACAGUCAUUUAUGCUAACCGGUGUUUUGCAAUGGGGCAUUUGUCAUUGGGCUGAACUAGAAACCAAGAUGACUAACGUCCAGCGUUUGCUGGAAUAUGAAUCGAUUGAAAGUGAAGCAGAUUCAGAAAACCACCCGAAAGAGUGGCCAAAUAAAGGAAAAAUUGAAUUUAGGAAAGUCUCUUUACGAUACAAACCGGACGGUAAUAAAGUACUAGACGAUGUUAACUUUACGGUCGAACCACAACAAAAAAUUGGAAUUGUUGGACGAACUGGUGCUGGAAAAUCAUCUAUAAUUGCGGUCAUUUUCAAGCUCUACGAAGUAGAGGGGCAAAUUUUAAUAGACGACGUCGAUAUAACAAACGUGAGCAACGAAGAUGUAAGAAACAGCAUCUCAAUUAUCCCACAAGAUCCAAUUUUGUUUUCGGGAACGUUAAGAGACAAUGUCGAUCCAAAAGGAAAAAGCACAGACGCAGAUAUUUGGGAUGCGUUAGAAAAAGUUGAAAUGAAAUCAACGAUUAGCAAUCUUAAGAACGGCAUCGAUACGGAAAUUCCUGAAGGAGGUUCGAACUUCAGUACUGGGCAGAGGCAACUAAUCUGUUUUGCAAGGGCUAUUUUAAAACACAACAAAAUCUUAGUCCUUGAUGAAGCAACGGCUAAUAUGGAUCCACAAACAGACGCAUUAAUCCAAAAAAUUGUUAAGAGCCGAUUUGAAGAUUGCACUGUUUUAACAAUAGCACACAGAUUAAGUUCGGUAAUGAAUGCCGAUAAAAUCAUGGUUAUAGAUAGCGGAAGAGUAAUUGAAUAUGAUGAUCCGAACGUUCUGAAGGCCAACAGUGACAGUUUAUUCCAUCGAAUGUUAAAACGUGCGGGAUUAAUAUGAAUUUUAUAGUUAAAACAAAAAUAAAUUCAUACACAAAACUUAAAAUAAAUAUUUACCAAAU